UGGCCUAUGAUGUCCUUGACCAGCACCGCAUAUUUGAACCCAAGUGCCUGGAGGCGUUCCCUAACCUGAAGAACUUCAUGUCCCGCUUUGAGGGCCUGGAGAAGAUCUCAGCCUACAUGAAGUCCAGCCGUUUCCUUCCAGGUCCUAUGUAUCUAAAAAUAGCCAAGUGGGGCAACAAGUAGGACCGUGUAAUUCCUCACCACAGAAGGGGACCCCUCACUGGACCUGCUUCCCAAGCGCCCAGGACACAACAGGCUCCCUCAGUCCCUAUUCAAUCUUCUCAGUAUGUCUUUCUUUUUUCUGUGGAGGACCACCUAGGCGACUCUCCUUAAAUGAGGGGCAGUUGCCUCAGUUUUGGCUGAGCCUGCCCCUAUUUCCACGUAUUGACAUGUACUGAGCUGGCUAACACCCUUUCCUUAUCCCUU